AUGUCGAUGGGUACACGUGUCACGAAUUGGAACAACAACAACAACAACAACAACAACAACAACAACAACAACAACAACGACGACGACGACGACGACGACGACAACAACAACGACGACGACGACGACAAUGACGACGACGACAACAACAUAACCAUAGACCACGUGGCCGUGGUGGUGUCCUUCAUCAUCUGCUGGACGCCGUUCCACGCGCAGCGACUCAUCGCCACCUACGCCGACCAGACGGCCGCUAUGAUUCUUCUCUUCACUGUGCUCACCUAUAUAUCGGGAGUGACCUACUACCUCAGCGCCACGGUCAACCCCAUUCUGUAUCAAGUGAUGUCGCUCAAGUUCCGGCAGGCGUUCGUCGACACGUUCGGCUGCUGCUGCCCGGAGGUGGCGCGCAGCAAGGCCAACGCCGACCUGACCUUCGCCAGCUUCUACAACCACAACUCGGCCGCCUCGGUCCACUCGUCCGCCCGGACGCACCGGCGGCGCAGCCUGAGCACGCAGAACCUGUCGCUCUCGGCCGCCGCCACCACCGUGUCGCCCACGCAGCACGCCGCCCCCUGCAACGCGUUCGCGCCCAACGGAAGCGCCGUGCCCGUCCGAAAGAUGUCCUCCUCGUGGACGGACCUGCGCAACCUCGCCGGCUCCACGGACGCCGAGGGCACGGCAGGCGUGGCUGCGUCGUCGAAUCGAACGCAGCAAUGCGCGGCCGCUGCCGAUCGGGACGCGUCGUCCCCGCCCGACGUAGUCAGAGUGGCCGAGGUUUGAUGACGCGUCAAACACUUGUGUUUGUAACGAAGUCGUUCGCGCUGCAGUUUCCCGGUCAGUUGCUAAGUCAGCCGUCGCCCCCUACGCUGGCUCAUAUACCUUUGAGUAAAUGUCGAUAACUGUACCGUCGAGCGUGAGAAAGGCCGCGGGAAGGAACCGACGCGAGCCACUACCGCAUGCUUCUUGUCUACUUCGGAAGGAAUCGGGAAAGGCGAGCACUGCUCCUCCUCAGUGUGGUGAACUGCGCUUCGCGUUGGUGCGAAUGACUGUGUGUCAACUGACAAUGGUUCGUCACCGACGACGUUGGCCUUAGUGCUCACUGAUUUGUCCUCUCAUCCAGAGUCGUCAGCGCUGCCGAGACUUGAUGAUAAGGGCUUGGUGACUCUUUCGGCAAUGUGCUGUGUAUUGUUGUCAGAGUCAGGGCACGUGCGCUGGUGCAAUCUUCUUCACGGCAUCAGCUUAUAGCUUAGACGACUGACUCCUUGAUUUGAAUAGAUGGUUUGUAGGUGUGAUUGCGGAGACAACGCAAUAGGUGACAAAGACAUAGUCAGA